AUGAGUGACCAGUGCACUCUGCGCCUCGUCCGAGAGUUGAGGCAGGUUGAACGAAGCGAGCAACUUGCUUUCACGGUUCGUUAUGAAGAGAGCAACAUUCGUGAUAUCCAGGCCCUCAUCAUCGGGCCUCCAGGCACCCCAUACGAGCUGGGCUUUUAUGAGUUCUCGAUCAAAAUUCCAUCAGAUUACCCAGCAACUCCCCCAGCUGUGAAAAUCCGGACCACUAACAAGGGCCGCACUCGGUUUGGCCCAAAUCUGUAUGCCAAUGGGAAGGUCUGCUUAACCUGGCAUGGUUCUCGAGGGGAACAAUGGUCCCCUGCACAAGGUCUCGAAUCCGUGAUGCUGUCAAUUCAGAGCCUGUUGUCGUCAAAUCCGUAUACCCUGGAACCAGGAUUUGACGAAAAUGAUAGGGCAAAUGACACGGAGAACAUGAUUGCUAUCCACUAUCUCACUCGAAUUGAAACAGAGCUUACAUAUCAGAUCUGUCACGAGAACCUACGACUAGCAGUCAUCACACCGCUCGAGCAAGCAUUCCAAGCCCCAUCCCCUACCCGCCGAAUGGCGCCACGGGUUGGUCAGGAAUCAAGUGCGGAAGAAGACAGUGAACUCGAAUACGAACCUGAGCCUGCAUUGCUCAAUCAAAGCAAGUUCUAUGACUUCUGCAAGCGACGCUUCCUGUGGUACCUCGAGUUCUACCAGAACGCCAUUGAAAAAGGCAUCGCCGACGAGUCACGGAGACAAGGAACGUCAUUCAUCCAAAUGCCCUUUGAAGGCUAUGGUAAUGCCAUGACCGGGGAAUGGAAUUAUCUCGAUCUGCAAACCCGUCUCUUGGCUCUUCGGGACCGAUUGAUGGAAGAAACACACCGCUGGCCCGUCGAGGGCUUGGUUCUGGUCAAGGAGGAUGCUGGAAUUGCAGUCAAAUUGAGAGGCCAGCAUGAACAGAUAGCUGCAGAAAUGAGCGCUUAUCCCCAAGUCCUUGAUUUGUCACUCGUUGACGACAACCCAUUCGUCUGGAGACUUACAUACGUGGGUCGCAACGAGUCAAAACUGGAAGGUGGCAUCAUUAAGAUCAAGAUUUACAUCAGUCCCCGACACCCAGAGGAACAACCUCGGGCUUUUGUCGAAUCGCCGCUAUACCACAUUCGCGUCUCGAAGCUGGGGGUGUUGAUGUAUCUUCCUUCGCAUGCUGAAGAAAUCGGCCAACACAUCGAGGGUAUCAUCAAUACACUGGAAGACGACAACCCCCCGUACAACCCCCUCAUGACCGUGAAUCCAGAGGCAAGCGCUCUGUGCUGGGGCUCAGAAUCAGAUCGCAGGCUCUACAGACGCAAGCUGCGAGCAUCUCUGGAGGAGUCCUGA